UAUUUAUGUUUAUUAUGUUUAUUUUUUAUUAAUAUGUUAUACAGCGUCAAAAAUACUUUAAUGAUGUGAGUAUCCGCGGCUGCAACCCUUCUAGACUUUACACACCUUUAUGUGGACUGUGGGGGGCUUUUAUUCUGAAAUGUAAAGGACGGGACUUUUAUUUUGAACGUGCUGUUCCCUCCUAUCUGUUUACACGCUAACAACAGUGUGCUCAGUUAUUUUUGUUGAGGUAACUUAUGUUUCAUAUUUUUAUAGAUCAAAUAUACAAUAUCUCUACAGGAUGUUCGCUAAUUUUGUCGAGAGUAUCACUCAACCUGACCGCAUUCAUUCAUUAGCUUAAGUUAACUCUUAGCAGAAACGUUAGCAUUAGUGUUUAACCCAUCAGAAAAUACUAUCUAAAAGCACAACACAAUGGCUCAGGGUUACCGCAGAGAUCACAAUCAUCGUCAUGAGUCGGGUUAUAAGAGACCCAGUGACCCGGGCGGUGAUCUGCCGAGCGAUAAACGACACCGACCGCCGCCCGCUGAAGGCCGGACUCUGAGCGCUGACCGCCGGCUAUACGAGAGACAUUUCCCGCUGUACAAGCAGCCGCUGGAGGUGGGCUGUUUUUCGCUGGACGCCCGCAGAAACUUCUUUAACGACCACAGGCAGCUACGGUAUUAUGUGGAGCCCCGGAGGAGCCCGGACUUUAACCUCAGAGACGGAUACACGAGCCGGUUUAUAAAGAGAGACGAUGGCGUGAAGGAGAAGCUGGACCACAUGCUGAGGUGGAUCCUGGAGAACAGACACAAGAUGCAGAACAGCAACUCCAGCAGCUGUGCUCUGGGCGUGGAUUUCGUCACAUGGAGAGGACACCUGACCAAAGUGCUGACCACCCCGUACGAGACCCAGGAGGGCUGGAUGAUGGCGGCCUGCAAGUUUAGAGGCAGCAUCUACAUCAGCGAGGUGGAGACGGAGCAGGCGAGAGAGAACCGAGAAACACGCUCCGAGCGGCAGGAGGAGAUGAUGUACUGGGGAUAUAAGUUUGAGCAGUACACAUGCGCAGAUGGUGCAGACGGGACUCCAGACCCAGGGGGUGUUGUGAACACCAACGAGGCCUUCUGUACGGUGGUUCAGACGCGUCUGGCUGACCAUAAGCUGCUGUUUUCUGGAGAGGUGGACUGCCGCCUGAAAGACCCCGAUGCUCCUCCGGCUCCGGGAUGUUAUGUGGAGCUCAAGACUUCAGCAGAGAUCUGCACCCCCAAACAACGCAGCAACUUCCACAGAACGAGUAUAACUGCUGGAAGCCGACAGUCUGUAUGAAUUUCUGCAGCGAUUUCUUGACCUUCGUCAAAUCCAUCGUCAAAGAGGAUGACCCAAGACUGGUGUACCUGUUUUCCUGGGAUCCACGCAGAGACGUGACGUACACCGUCCACAGAGACUCCACACACACUUUUAUACCUGACUGGUACAUAAAGGACAUGACGAGCCGCCCUGCAUCAGACCACUGACACACACACACACACACACACACACACACACACACACACACACACACACGCACACUGACUGCAUGUUCAUCAAUCACACACACAGACACACUGAAUCACUCCAGCUUGCAUUUUCUCUGGAUUCAGCUUGUGAUUCUGGAAUUGAAUGGAAUCCACCUGCACUAUUGUUUAUUUUGUAAGUAUAUCUGUAUUUCAGCCUUAUUAUUAUUUAUAAUAAUGAAUUGAAAAUGUCCUUGGGGAUUUUUUAAACGAUGUACAUAGUCGAUGUUUUUUGUAAUUAGCAUUUUUACAGUUCUAUAAAAUUCUGUGGGCCGUAUUUGAUGAAACAGGAGUAAAAUCUGUGUGUUUUUGUCAAUUUUGGUCACUUUACAUUAAUGUUUCAUAAGUUAAUGUUAGUUCAUGGAUUUAUUAAUAUGACCUAAUCAUGAACAAUACUCGUACAGCAUUUAUUAAUGCAUUAUUAACUUCCAAAUGCAGGCCUGUUAAUGUUACGGUGCAGUAGUUAAUGCACUGUGCUUCCAUUAACUAACGUUAACAGAGAUGAAUAAAUACUGUAUUAAAUGUGUUCACUGCCUGUUCAUCUUAGUAAAUGCAUGAACUAAUGCAACCUUACUGUAAAGAGUUACUGAAAUCUUUAUUAGUGCAUCAUGAACAGUGUUGGGGGAGUUAGUUACUCAAUAAGUAAUGUUAGUGGCUUCAUUCAACACGAUUUAAAACUCCUAAACAUCUCAACAAAUAGAGAUUAAACUUUACGUUUGAGCCUUUAACUUUUAAUUUUUAAAUGCAGUGCAUACAGAAUAACAUACAUGAGAUUUUAUGCAUGAAAACACUUAAAAGCAUUAUUUUAUAUACUAUAUUGACACACAUUUCAGACUCAAUCCAUUGUUUCUUAAGUGUGGUCAGCCGUUUUAAUGAAUGAAACCUUCUCUAGCUGAAAAAUGUAGUUAUUAUGCAUGAUAUAUUUGUAUAACAAAAACACAAUCACUUAUUUAGAACUGUUGAAUGUAUUUACUGUAUUUAAGGCAGGUACAUUACAAGUAACUAAUUAAAUGACCUAGAAAUAAUUAAGAAUAAUCUCUUACUUAAUUUUCAGGUUAUUUAAUUAGUUACUGUAAUUAGAUUACUUUUCUGCUGGAAAAAGUAAAGAGAUUACGUUAAUAUUAUCAUCAGAAUAGUAAUCUAAUUACAGUAACUAAUUAAAUUACCUAGAAAUGAAAAGUAAUCCCUUAUUUCCUGGUCAUUUAAUUAGUUACUUGUAAUUAGAUUACUUUUCUGCUG